CGAGAGACGCCGCGGCCGACGUGGUGCUGGCCGCGGCGACGUUCGUCCGCGAGGGCACCACCACGGAGUUCGCAACGGGCCGCGUGGGGCGCGGCAGGGCGCAGGUCGUGGCCACGACCAGCUCGCGGGUGUCCUUCGACCGGCCCACCAAGCCACUGAUGCUCGUCUUCCCCACGACGGUGCUGCCACCGCCCCCGCAACUGCAGCUGGCCUCCAAGGCGCCGCCUUCGGUGGUGGCAGCCACACCCAUCCUGGGGCCCUACGAGCCGCCUCCAGACCCUCGCCGGGUCUCGACUGUCGGCGUCCUGGACAGGUACCGCCUCUCCAGUGAGGCCGUCAAAGACCGUGGCGGUGCGGACUUCUUGCUUCUAGACAGCGAGGACGACCGCCCGGCGGCCGACUUCGGCGGAGCCCAGCUGUCGGAGAAUCUCAUCAACAGGUCGACGGAGCGCCUGCGGGUAAAGGACGUAGAUGCCGGUGACCCGUUCCGCAAGAGGGACACCGACCGGCAGCAGCCUGACGGUCAGCAGCUGGGGGGUCAUCAGCUGGAGGGUCAUCAGAGGGACGAGACCACCACGACAAUCCGUCCCGACAAGGUCGUCACCGUCCGGCCCAUCAACGACCUGCCGACCUUCACCGUACGGCACGACUUCUCCCCCAGUGGCUUUUCCCAGUCGGGUGACGAGGGUGACGAUCUAGGUAGUCCAGAUUACGGUGAUGCUCCUCCUCCCCAGCAGCCCAAGAAGGACUACCUCUCCAGCUUCAGAUCUGGGAAGGCCAUCUUCAGGGGCGGCAGACCCGACCCGCCGCGCCUCAGCAAGCUGCGCGAGACGGUCACCUACACUGGAUUUGCCGACUUCACCACCACCAUUGGUGACACUGUUGUUGUCUUCACGCCCAGCACUGCCAAGAAGCAGCCACCAGCACAGCCGACACGGGCAGUGACCAGUGCUGCAGGCGACGCUACAGUUUUCCAACCGGGCGUCGUCACAAAAGUAAAAACGUUCUUGUCGCAUACACCCGGAAUGGUGACUCGCACUGUUACUGGCCACUCCAUCACGACACACACGACACUGCCCACUAUGGUGGUGCUGCCGGAGACGUUUGCCAGCAGGCGUCAGAAAGCGCAGCAUCAAGAUGUCGCAUCGUCAGUGUAUGUAGUCGAAGCUGCCCCACCAGAACCGCCAACCACACCGCCACCUCCGACCACAAACCCUCCACCUACAGUGCCCAAGGAAACUGACCCGCCACCGAGGGAAACGACACCCCCACCGCCAACUCAGGAAACGACACCGGAUGAGGGUGCCAAAUUGGAAGUGCUUUCCCGUGAACAGGACAUAUUUGACUCUCCAGCGACCUCCACUUACCUGGAUGAUGACGUAGCCGUGCAAGUGCCCGUAACGAGUGUCGUGAUCGACUAUGAAGACUAUGACCAGUCGUCUUCUGCUGCACCAGAAGUGAUACAACCAUCUUUGACAGAAGUCCAGGUGGCGACAGUGACGUCAGUUGUUGAUGGGGCCAUCGAACCGUCAUCUGUGCUGGAUGAUGGAACUGACGACUUGAUAGAACCGUCGCCUGUCGUCGUCGAAACACCAGAACUGCAGCUGCAUGCAACGGAAGUGAUCACGGAAGCACCAAUACCGGAAAGCAACGAGGAGGAACAGGAAGGAGAACAAGAAGUGCACUCUACAGUAGAAUUAGAGGUGACAUCUACAGCACCACUAACAUCUUAUCGCACGGCGAUGACACAGUUAUUUGAUCACGGUGAUGAGGAAUACCCACUCGGUCUAAUAAAAGCUAUUGCAGGCACUGAGGUCAUCAAUGACACAACUACCCUCUUCACUUCUCUGAUUCACGGCAGCUCCGUCGACGGUCACUAUGCACAAAUUAUCUAUUCGGCCUCGAGUAUAUUUUAUUAUGAAGGAGACACAAAAGUUAUCGUGCCAACAGGGAGUGCAAUAGCGCCGACUUCCACAGUUGACCUGGAGACUACUCACACGGCAGCCUCCCAGCCACCAUCUUCGGAGGGAUCUCAGGAACAGGAGGGUGAGGAAGAGGUCACUACAUCUCCUGCGACAAUCCCUGCAGAGCAGCCAGGCCUCACUACUGACACAGACGGUGUGACAACUAUCGAAGAUGGCGACGGCACGCUCAGUACCCUACCACAAGAAUCCACUACUUUGCCAGAGGGAGACUUGUCGAAUGAGGUCGAGACUGGUCGUAAGACAAGUGGCGGUGUUCAGGACCAGAAUAUUGUUGAAGGCAGUGCUGGAAAAGAAACUCCCGGAACUACUGUCGCACAAGUGACCACACCGAAAACAGACGUCGAACCAUCACCGACAGAACCCAGUCCCGCUAAGGAUGCCGGUGUCGGACAAGAGGAAGGUACACCUGCCAGUCAGUUGCAGGAUGGAGUGACACCUACGUUGAUUACACAGAUUGUUGCUAGUACAAUCUAUGAGACAUUCACGCAUCUGACUGCCUUUUUCAUUCCUGUCGACGGUGGCACUUCGACAUCGAUCAAAACAAGAGAAGUGGUGACAUCACAGGUCAUACUAGCCACGCAAGUAGUGCCAGUCGCUGUAGCAAAUAUUCAAUCCACUGCCCUUCCAGAAGCUCCUGCUGCCGUCACCACUCCACCAGAGACAGUACACCAGCAACCGACUCCACCGCCACCUCAGGUCUCGGUAACACCCGAAAUCACAGAUGGAAGCGACAAAGAGCAGGAAACCCACGCUGCGACUGAACCGUCAACUGCUGCAACGCCAGAAAAUCCUCCAGCCGUCGUCCUACAACCGACCACAGUUGCCUCGCCGCCGGCAGGCGAAGACGAAGGAGAGGAGGAGAGCGAACUGGAGCUGCUUGUCAAGUCUGUGUUUACUACCUACACAUUCCUAACGACCUAUUUCCAGGAUAGCACGACCACCGUUGCGAGCAACAUUGAAGUGGUGACUAAUGUCGUCACGGAAACUGUGGACAAGGACUACUUCCGCCGUGUGACAGAUCCUGCUGUUGCUGGGCUCUUAGCACGUACCGAUAACAUUGUAGAGCCGACGCCAGAGGUGGCACCCACCAGCGUUGGCAUCGGACGUCCGACCACCAAGUUCUUCCCAGACGAGGAACUCUUCUCAGCUGUUGUGGACUCGGUAGAUAUCGAGCGCGAGAUGGCCACGGAAGCGACGCCUGCCCUGGACCAGGAUGUCAUUAAGACCUUCUACACGACGUACACAUACUUCACUACCAUCUUCGUAGAUGGUGAAACGACAGUGAGCAGCCGCACAGAGGUCUACACCAACAUCGUAACACCGACAGCACUGUUGGAAGCAACACCAACUCUAAGUGCUGCCCAAGACAUUCGCCCGACCAGUCAGUUGUCGCAGGUGGAGGAAGACGACUUGGACAAUCCUCUGAAGAACCAGCCACUUCUAAAGAACGCUCCCCGUCGUCAGUACCUCUACAGCAGCACCAUAACGCGUGAGCACAGCCAGCCGCGGUCGUCGCUGAAUGAAGUUGACAGUGAGGGCACCACGGCUACACCGGCAAAUGACUUCUUCGAUGACAUUGAGAACAGCAUUAUAGUGCCUGCCAAGAGCAAGCUGGGAGUUGCUGUUGGAACUAAGAACGUGUAUGCCACCAUCACAAGACCACCUGCAAUACUGGCCACCUCAGAGCCGGAGCUCACAUCGUCCGUGGUGGAGACAAUGAUCAGCAGCUCCAGUGGAGAGCGCACAAUCAUUGCCCCUCCAGAACGCCACAAUGCAUUGCCUUUCCUGCCAGCACUGGACGACCAGGUCAGUUCAGAGAGCAAUACCGAAUCUUUAGAGCCGUCUCCAACGCUGCUCCUCCAGACUAGCUAUACAACAUAUACCUACUUCACAACCAUAUACAAGGGAACUUCCACGGAUGUGAAGAGCCGUUUGGAGACGGUCACAAAUGUCGUCACUGAGACUCUGACGCCGCAAAGGACUGCUCUGCUCACUGACGACCUUGUCCCCACUGAGGACGAUCCUUCCUUGCCUACGACCUACUUCACCACAUUCACCUAUUGGACGACACUUUUCAAAGAUGGCACAUCCACAGUGACCAGUCGCGAGGAGACUGUAUCUGAGGUAGUAACGCCGACAGUGUCGUCCUCUACAGAGACCAAAGCUGAGAUCGUCCCCACUACUACACCAAAGGACAUCGAUCCUUUAGCUACAUCAGUUGUCGCCGUCAUUAAUCCUAGUGAGGUCAUCUAUGAGCCUACUACCUACUUCACCACUUUCACGUUCCUGACGACGUCGUAUAUUGGCAACAGCACUAUUGUCAACAGCAGGCUGCAGACUGUAACAGAGGUUGUGAACGGUACGGUAGCUGCAGAUGAAGCAGCAGCUGUAUUGGCGGGGAGGGCUGUGGCGACGUCGGCCAAAGCACAAGAACUGGGGGAAGGUGUGCCAACAGUUAAACCAGUGGUAUCGGCAUCAGUUGUGGACACUACUCCAACACCAGCAGCAAAGGAAGCUACAUCAGCCCCAACAAAAGUGGAGCUGCCAACGGGAUUCCUUUCCACUGUUGUCAGUAGCAUAGUUGAUGAGGCCGGAACCACCACACUCUUCUCGACUGAUGUCUCCGGAACGUACAUUGAUGGCCUGUAUGCCCAGAUACUAGAGAGGAAAACCCGUAUCAUACCACCUGCUCCAGCUUCAGUACCAGUGGAGCCUACUCCAACACCAAAACUGCCAGUGGGGGUGGUUUCCCUCAACAAGGGCCGAAUUGUCGAUGCUGAUGGCGUCAGCACUACGUUCUUCACCACAGAAGCCAUUGGCACGUACAUCAAUGGGCAGUACUCACAGAUAGUGGAGAGCACUUCCUCCAUAAAGGUGAAUGAAGAACGUCAAAGUGCUCUACAUCUGGCUCUAGCACCUUCUCCAACAGUGGAGAUUGCUGGCAAGACAUACAGGACAGGGCUGGUGCGACUGAUUGAUGGCACAAUGGCCAAAGAUGGUACGACAACAUUCUAUGAGUCCAAAGUCUCAGGUACAUUGGUGGGUGGAAGGUAUGCGCAAGUAAUUGAAAGCACAUCGUCUUUCAAAGUGGAUGUUCCAAGCACAACAGCACCACCUGUAGCUGUAGUUGCUCCGACAGCAGUGAGUGGCGUCCCUGUGGUGGCUCAAACCGCAGCAGUUGUGACAACUACAGCGCCAACACCAGCUGUGGUCGAGAGCUCUCUGGGCAGUGAUGAAACCUCAACGUCGACGACACCACAGACGUCUUCAGAGCAGCAGGAUGACGAUAGCAGUGAGAAUGAGUCAGACAACGACGGCGCCAAGUUCUUACUUGGUAAAGGGUCAGGUUCAGGACGCAACAGGACACGCCUAACAUACCAGUCUAAGAAGAAUACUUUCACACCAUCAAUUCGCCCUUUUGGCACGCAAGGGGCUACGCGACCACCAUAUAGGCCUCAGAACAAGCGACCAGCCACAGUGACACGGACUGUUGUAACUCCAACCAUCACAGCAACACCUGCUGCCGUGGGUAAGGCUGCCGCCACUGGAAGGUUCUCUGGAAGCCGAAGAGGAGGCUUAUCAUCGUCGUCAGCCGCUAACGAGAUUCGCCCAUCUGCCAGCAGUGGACGCCGUUUCUCUAGACCAAGAGGCUCAUCUCCUGUGCCCGGAGGGCAAUCUUCUGCGUUCCCCACUGGAGGCAGAGGACGGAGCUCGACACGAGCUGGGGCCAUUAGCCCAACAGCAGUUGGAGGCCCUCAAGGAUCCAGUCGCAGAGGAUUGUACUUCAGAGGCUCAAGUGCUGCACCUGGACGCUCAUCUUCAGCUGGAUACUUUGGAAGCUCCUCGAGGUACAGGGGCCGCGUCAAUCCGACCUCGACAAUCUCUCGCGGUGGUGCGACAGCCAACUAUUUCCCAGCGACGACACCUACCGACGAGACUCUAGAGACUGACGACUUUAUCACCACACUCGUCACUGAGGAGACACCACAGUUUACAGACAACGAUGGCCAGUACGAGACACAACCACUUCCUUCAACGACAGAGUCUGCGCGCCGGAACCCGCUACUGAAUCGCCUGAGGCGCCCUCCACUGGUGAGGGCGAGCACCACCACAACACCCAGAUCGCAGACAUCACUGACAACUCCUUCCAGAGGAAGUUCGACCACACGUAGGACGUCAAAUAGACCAGUAGGCUCCGCAGCAUCCACUACCACCAGUAGGCCGAGGGCACGGUUACCUCUGAGAUACCAGCCAGCUGUCAACAGACCACGCCCAGGAAACAGUUUGUUCCCUCCACGCAGCCUGUUCAAGCGUCCAGGUCAGGAAGAGGAGCCCCAGCAGCAAGAAGAGCAGAACAAUGAGGAUGAGGCGCAAGACGAGCCACAGGAUGAAGAAGACAUCCAAGAGGAGGAUGUAGAGGAUGAAGACGAGCUGAGAGACAAUGAUUAUGAAGGAAGCGAGCAUAAGGAGUCAAAAAAGGCAGCACCACCACGCAGCAAAGGAGUCCCAUACAAACCAGUGCAGAUCAGACCGUUCAGCUUCAGGAGACGUACGAAGCGCCAGGUGGACAAGCCGAGUGGAGCCACACGGACGUACUCGUCGAGGUUCAGAAGACCUGGUGCCAGGGUGGCACAGCCACAAGCACCACCCGAAGAACCGGCAACUCCGGAGCCACCUCCACCACCACCCCCACCACAGCAGAAGAGCAAAUCGAGCGGCCGGUACUCGGGCCGAGGACGAACACAGAACCAGCAGCAACAGCAACCGACGCCACAGGGGCGGAUCAAGCCUUCGCCGUCAUCUGCGACCUCGGGUAGAGCGCAAUUUACCUUGAGGGAGAAGGACACAAGUAGUGGUACCUCUCGUUAUCGCCGGCCACAGAAUACAGAGACGGCCACCGCGACAAGUGACAGACGGACCAACAAGAGUGGCAGGAGGAGAGGAGGCAACAGCAGGAGUGACGAGACGACUUCGUCCGUCCCUUCGAGGCCAAAACCGCCGAGGCUGCGUACCACCAGCAACUCCAACAGCAAACAGACAGACACUAGCUUCUCGUCUCAACGUGCCACCCGCCGGAACAACGGCAACACGAACACGAGCCCGAGGCGCAACAGUGCCAGCAGUAGGACGCGAUUCAGCAAGGAGCCCGAGCUGGACAAGUUCACAUUCUCACUGCCAACCUUCGAUGGCACCAUCACAGUCACUCAUCACAUACCAGAGGAAGCCACCAUACCUGUGAUUAACGGUAAGAAUACUGAAUACCGAAAUGUGCUGACAGCGCGACACAGCACCGAGGUGCUAUCGCCAAACCAGUAUGUCACGUCCACAGUCAAAGACGGUGGCACAAUCUUGUUCUUGACGAGUGAAGUAACGGCAGCAGUGGCCGGAGGAGCUACAGAGAUAACACAGUUCUACUUGCGUGAGACGCCAACGACGAGUGUGAUAUUUACGCCUACCACAAUCCGUGGCCGCCUCACAUCUUACUCGCACAUCAUUCCGAGCACAGUGUACGACGUCGAGUCGACAGUAAGCACCAUACAGCCAGCCAUAGCCGCCAAUGCACCGUUGGCCAACUUGUUACUCUCACAACUUCUGCUCGGUAAUCUCGGAGGUGGUCUUCCGGGAGGCCUCAACCCUCUUCUGGCCCUGCAGAACCAACCACCGGCACCUCCACCCACUCCUACAACCGAAUUUAAGACGCGCACCAGCACGUACGUCACCACUCUCACCACUGGAAAAUCGACAGUCCUGCCAAUAACUCUGCGAGGCAAGAAAAUUUACACGACUAUUGUGGACCAGUCAGAAGAAGUCAUCACGGCCACUGAAUUCUUUACUGACACAGUGGUGGUGACACCGACCCCCACUGCUGUCAACAACCAACUUAACUCACUCCUCCUCCCAGCAUUGCUGCAGGCUCAGCUUUUAGGGCCCACAGGACCCAUGCAGAGUCCUCCUCAGCCAAACAUACUGGCGUCUCUGGGACAACCAGACUUCUUGCCCACUGGAAAAGGACUCCUCUUCCAAGAGCCAGACAACGCUGAAGUGCCACUCGAGCAGGUGCAGCCUUCUGAGCAACGAGGUAGGAAUUCGAGGCGCCGACAACAGCAGCAGCAGCGACCUGACGACGCUGAUCGUCUAGCGCGUGAAUCAGAGGCAGACGAGACAGUACCAGAUGAUGAUGAUGUCCAACAGCAGGGGUCCCAGGGCCGCGACGACGAGGUAGUCCGCACGUGGAAACCUCCAAGGAAGAAAACGCGGAACGGAAACAAUAACAGACCUCCAGACCCAGCGCCUCCAGUGGAGACGAGCGUUGUAACACUGUACGUCUCUGGACGACGACCAGGCGAGUUUAGCACAGUGGUAUCUACAGUAACUGGAGACAGCAGCAUCAGGAAGCGUGAGAUCCGCUUUGUACCAAAAUUGGAGCCAUCGAGGCUGCCACAGAUUGGCAGCUCUUUUGGUAAUGACGACGAAGAGCAAGAUGUCCCAACACACAAGCUAAACUAUUUGGACAACUAUGUCAUGUCGGCGAUGGGAGAUGUUGGUGUACUGGAAAGCAGCGAGGUGGAGACUCAGAGCUUAGAGAGCAUAGUAGGUGAUGUUAGCAAAUACGUUUCUAGUGGGCUUACCACAACGAUAUCGAGGAGAUCUGGAUACACUACGAGACCUCUAAUGAAUACUAGAAAAGCAGCAGUUGAGGAGUCGUCUUCCUCUGUGAACAACAACAACGCCACCGGUCAUUUUUUAUCCGAAGGCCCCGCUGAGUCUGCCCCACUCAAGCGGAAGGUCGUAGGUGAUUACAUCAGGGGCAAAGACAACAAUGGUGACGACGAAAGCGAAAUCAUUUCAGAAACUGAAACUGCCGCAGAUGACACUGCAGUAAUGUUUCUACCAUCAGCAUCUCAGUCUGGCCAAAUUCUCUCACGGCACAAGAGGAGUCCGGAUGUGUUUGACGAUGCACAGGACGAGCCGACGACGAGAAGGCCGGCCCACCGAGGUAGGACAAGAGUAGUGCGUCUGCGCCGGCCUCUUAACAGACCGUCAGCUAACGACGAUCUCCAGAACGUCACUCGUAAGAGAGGAGAGGUCCUACACCUGUCAGAGGCACAGCAGACUGACCACGUGACUGAGAUGAACCUCGCGACGCCAGCCGUCAAGCACAAGCACAAGUACAUAAACUUAGGUGAUUACGGCUUGCGGACGAUUAAGAUAAUACGGAAACCUUCGAAUGACAGUGGCACGGAGCCGCAGAGGAAGCGAGUUAUUGUGGCCAGGAGAAAGAAACCUGGACGCUCAUUUGAAGACGACGACGAUCCUCCAGCGCAGGGGAGACCAGCUGUAGUAAAAGCUCGUUACGUGGAAGCACUGAGACAUCUGUCUGAAGAUGAUGAUGAUGAGGAGGAGGAGGAGGUCUCUACACCAGUAGCUCCAGUCCUGGAAGCGACCACCAGCCGUGACAUAAAGCCGACUAAAUCGUCAGCCAGACGGAGGAUCAUAGUGACGAAAAAGCGUCCAGUGUCCACACGUCAGAAGACAGACUCUCCAGUUACCACCACUGCAGCUGAGUUUGAACGCCCAAAAUCUGCAGUCACUGCAGCGGCAGUACCGACACUGAUGUCAAGCCAGAGGAGGAGGAUCGUUGUCACUCGGAGGAGACCAGUGCUUCACAAGGACACUGAGAUCCCAGUCAGGCCGACUAGUAUUGUGGUUUCGACUCAGGGCACCAAAGCUGUCACGUAUUCGACGCUAGCAAGGGAGAAUAAAGUAACGUCUAGCGAAAACGGCGUUUCUACGAGCGGUUACCCAUCAUCAGACAUUGAAGAAGAUAACGAUUCAGAAGAAGAGAGAGAUGACGAGGAGGAGGGGGACGACCAGGAUGAAGAAGAGGAGGAGGACUACGACGAAGUGAUUCAGUCAUCCAGAGAGAGGCAACCAUCCAAAGGAAGCAAUGGAAGAGACGUAUCUACGACGCCAAAGAGUGUACCUUCACUGAAACCACAGACUGCACUAUUGCCGAGAGAUUCUUUGAAACCAUAUCAGUAUGGCAGAACCACUACUGGUGCCAUCAGCACGAUUGGUGAGCCAACCGACAGACCAACGAGCAUAAUCUCUGCAAAACCGCAGGCAGUGUCGCAUAUACGAGAUAUUUUCAAGUUCAGCCAGUAUGGUAGGACCACUACUGAAAACCUCAUUAGCAGGGUAAGUGAGUUUACAACGAAUAUUAACAGCAUCACGUCAACAGAAGGUGAAGAGGAACCUCACGUGAAGACGACUCUGAAUUUCAAUGGACGUUUCUUACCGACGCAGAGUACCAAGGGCACUACGGGGGACAGCUCGAAGGAAUUGUUCGGCUCCAGUGACAGGCCUUCCACGGAAAGGUAUUCGACACCAGAAACUUCGUCAGAGGAGUCUCUUGAGGAGGAUGAGGCAGAAGAUCAAGAGUCUGGUCAAAAUAAAUCAAAAGAGUAUGAUGAGGAGGAACAAGAAGAUGUAUCGAAAGAAAAUGGUGAAAUAGAGGGAGAAAGUGUACCAGUCAGUCAAGGGGAAGCCAGUUAUGAAGCACCACCCAGCCUAGAGAGUGUGGAAGAGGUGAAAGCACCAUCGAGCUCAGAGGAGAUCGUGACCAAGCCAUCAGCCAGAGGAUCGACUGUCGAGGAAAGGACGACAGCUCAGAGUCGUGACUCCCUCCUCACCACUGAAGAGUCAGUCCACACCAUCAGUUUCGUGGCGACAUCUCCACUCUCAUCUCCAAUCGACGAGUUAGGUCUCACCACACAGGAUAAUGAGAUCGAUACAGGUUCACCCGUCAAGGAUCCAGAUGUCCCUGCCCAUCAGGUCGAGUCUAACGGGUUGACUCCCUCUGAUGUUAGGGAGGAAAUUGUAGGAGUUACAUCAACUGCUCCCCAGACCAGCUCCACAGCAGAGGCCUCGUCUGAGAAACCUCCAGAUCUUGUAGAAGCUAGCACAGAAACUUCGAGUCUACGUCCUGCCGAAGGCAGUCAGAAUAUAUCGUCAGAGGAAGAUACAGCUGCAACAACGACGACGACAACCACAACGCCGCUGCCUGACGACGUUCUGGUCAGUCCCGACGGUGAAAGUGAUGGUAACGGUACCAUCACAACAAUAGAGACGCCAACCACCACGGAGAGCAGUACUUUUGACGGACCGCGCUUCAUACGUCCGACACGUUUCAGCAUCACGCGGCGCCCAACUAAGACACGUCUCGGCUUUCCUGGUCAACGUCGUCGGACUUCGACCGCUGCUAAAGGUGUGGCGCCGACCGCCACCAAGAGCAGGUCCCAGGAGGGAGCCACUGCACGAACGACCAGACCACCUUCCACAGGGUACCGUUACAGAAAGACAUCACCCACCAAGAGUUCUUUCGGCCGAGCUGCGACUACUAGAGCUAGACCAAGGUUUGGCGUCACUUCUGUUGUCCCAACUAGCACUGCCGAUCUGGAAUUGGAACCUACUAUCCUGGCGGAAGUACUGCAGGGCUCGAGCGAAGUGUCGGAUGGAGACCGAGCUGUGGUUCCGACUGAAGUGACCGAAGUGGGUCCGACAGUUGUCAGCGGAGACCUGGUACGAGAGACCACGGCAGAUGUGCGACCGGAGAUUUCGUCCCAGUUGGACGGGGUGGUCGUACCUACCGAGGUGCUGCUGCAAGGAGAGGAGAUUGCGAAAGAAACACCGGCAACAGUCAGCGCUACUGGGGCUGACCAGUUGAACAGUGCUGUGCUGGUGACGUAUGACGGAGGGGCGGAGAUCUUGACAAAGCUGGGUGUCGAAGCCUCUGCUACAGUGGACCACGGUGAUGCCCACGUGGUGACCGCUACGCCGCUACUGCCGGUGCAGCCCAUCACCACCGUGGUGACUAGCACGCGGCUCCGCACGUACACGUUCAUCGUGACGCGGGUCGCCGGUACUGAGCAGGUGGUCACCUCCACCACUGAGGUAAAGCCUCACGUCACCACCGUCACCAUUACACUGCCUCCUGCUGCUGCAACUGAGCUGGCCCCAACGCCGACGCCGCCACUGCCGCCGCCCACCGCCGCCCCCGCCGCCACCGGCGAGGAGGGACGUGCCAUGGUGGCUGCCGUGGCCGUGGACGAGGGCCGGCGCAUCAAUGUGGCGACGCGCGUCAUGAGCAACGGCGUCGAGGUUAUCGUGGCCGGCUCCAAGCAGCCGCCCGGCGCCGCCCCCGCGUCGCCCGCGCCGCCCACCACGCUGCCGCCCACCACGCUCUCCGAGCACGUCAUCCUCCGCCUGCCUGAGGAUGACGGCGAGGAAGACGAGGCCGGUCAGCAGGUGGAGCCGACACUGCCUCCGACGGGCGGCGGGGGCGUGUUUGUCACCAAGACGUACCUGACGACGUACACAUACCUGACGACGCUGCUGGGCGAGGGCGGCUCCACCGUCGUGACGAGCAGCGAGCGCGUCGUCAGCAACGUGGCCACCGAGUACGCGCCGGAGCCACCGCUGCCGGGGCUCGAACCGGGCCACGGCAUCACGCUGCAUGGCGUCCAGGAUGCGCCGCUCUCCACGGGCCUGCUCUACACCACAUACAGCUACCACCUGCAGGGAGGCGAGGGCAGCUCCUGGAGCUCAGACCGGACGGUGACCAACACGCUGACUGCCGCCACUGAGGCGUUCGCGCCGCAGCCGGCCACCACCAGCACCUACGUCACCACACUCACCCGGCCCACCACGCUACCAGGGGGACAGGUGCUGUCGGCCGGAGACCUGCUGACACGCGUAGUGGUCUCCGAGACAGGUGGACCACCGGGUGUGCCCGCACCGUCACUGCCGACCCAGCCUUCGAUGACGGACGUGGUGAAGACGUACCUGGCCACAUAUUUGUACGUGCGAACCGUGGCCGACGAGCGCGGCAGCCCCUCGUUGACGACACAGGUCGUCACCUCCACCGAGGUGGUGACUGACCGCUUCUACCUGCCUGCCACCAAGAGACCGCAGCUGCCCGCCACCGCGACCACCACGGCGACCGAGCAGACAGAGACAUCGACGGCCGUUCCGACCCCGGUCACAGUGGAUGAGGCAUCUGUCACGGCAACAGCGAAGCCCGAUCCGGUGGACGUCCCGCUGCCGUUCCUGGUGUUUGCCACCAAGACCUACCUGACCACGUUCACCUACCUGACGACGCUGCUGCAGGCCGCACCAGGAGACCGCACCUCCACCGUCAUCAACUCGCACACCAAGGUGGUGCAGAACAUUGUGACGGAGACAAUUCCUCCCAGCCUGCUGGGCGCAGACCAGCUAGAGGCCUUGAGGAACUCCCUCCGGGCGACGGCAACAGCGGCUCCGGAGGCUGACGGUCCCGGCGUGGUCGCCACGGCGACCCUGCCGGGAGGUCAGCAGGUGCAGGUCAUGGCCAUGAGCCAGCAGUCACAGACACCUGCUGUGCAGCCCACGAGGACGCUCGAGCCGCAGGUCGUCGCACCCACUACGGCUCCGGACGUUGUGCAGCUGGAGCCCUCUGUAGACACACUACAGCCGGCUAAUGUCGAGAACAUUGUGACGGGGUCGACAAUCAUCUUCUUCGACGAGGAAGAUGGCAUCGAUGGUGACUCCGGGUCGACGUCGACUGCAACACCGGCACUGGACUCAUCCACGGCUGCCGCCCUCAGUGAUUCGCGCACCACUGUGGUGAAUGCUGGGGCGGCCACCGUCAUCUUCCCAGACCCGGUGCCUACUGCUGCAGAACCAGUUGACUCCCCACAGGAGAGCAGCACAGUCACCACUGGCGAUGACGACUACAACGUCGGUGAUGACGAAGACGACCAGGCGCCAACGAGUGAGGCGGGAGAAGUGUCCACAUCUGUGGUGACGGUCACGGCAUCACCAGUCACCACCACGGUCUCUGUGCCGGUCACCAAGAAGCCCCAGCAGCCGGCCACCAUAGGGCCCGGGGGCAGCGAGAUACAGGUGAGUGACCUGUUGAGCUUGGGCUCACUGGGCAUCAAUGGGCUCAACGCUUUGGGUCCGGUAUUCAAUGCGAUGGCCGGUCUCAUCCAAGGCAAUCUGCAGCAGCAACCGGAUGCAGCCAAGAGGCGCAAUGACUCUGCCGUCACCAACAACAGAGCCCCAGACCUAGCGCCAAGUGACCGUGAGGAUUACCCGCACCCCGUGUACCGGCCACAGGCAGACACGGAGCCACCGUCGAGGUCACCUAUCUACAUCCCUGUGGGCGGACUUGCCGCCGCCGACCACGACAUCGAAGCUGCGGAGAGUCAGAACUACGAGGCACGCAUCAAGGUCAAUGCCCUGCCAGGGUCCGGCAAGUGGGGAAAUGCUGCCGAGCCGGUGGGCGCCGUCGUGAUCGGCCGGCCCACUCUGGAGAAGCCGCUGGGAGACGGCAUCCCCAUCAGCCCGGGUGAGGUCAUUACCGCCAACAGUGACGUCAUCGUGGGCAAGCCUGCCGUCAUGGGACCGCGUCCGCCCAAGAUCGCAGCCGCCGGGCACGACCACGACAUCGACCACGAAGUCGACUCCGACCUCGACGCUGUCCCCGUGGGCAUGAGGCCGCCACUACCUCAUCAGAAGCCGUGGCUGCACCACCACAACCACCAUCAACAACCACCCAGGAGGGACGAGUUCCUGGGACCACCACCGCCACCGCCACUGCCCCCGUCACCUCAAGGCAACCAGGUGGGAGGAGAAAUCCAGGCCCGGCCUCCGGGCUCCGCCAACCACUAUCGGAUCCACAACGACAGGCCGCAUCCCGGCCUCAACUACAACCACCACAACAAUCUCAACCUUAACUUCAACAAUAACCAGAAGCCUCCAGCACUAAAGUUGCGACCACAUGUCGUAGAAGGCCUGCCCUACAAGUUGGAGUCCGUAGUGACGGGCUCACAGGCUGUGCUGGUGGCAGAGGGUGGCGCCGGUGAGGUGGUUCACGGCUCUCCGGUGCCACACCGCCACGCACUGGUGCCGGCUGAGGCUGCCUCACUGCUGGUGGACAUCCGGCCCUCGCAGGUGGCAAACGUGCUCAUCCCCAGGGGCAGCCACACCGCACACGUCUUCAGCGCACCCGCGCCCUCGCCACUCGUCGCCGACGACGUCUUCCGGGACAACUCGCCCUUCCCCGUCCCGGAGGUAUCUGCGGACUUUGUGGGACUGGACUCGGCACCGCAGCUGGAGCACGGGGUGGGCACCGUCAUCGAGGUCCAUCCCGGGGACUCCCCUGCAGAGACAGGCGGCAUUGUGGCUGGGUCGCCAGGCAGCGACAUCAACGUCGACAUUGCUCCAGGACAGGGCAUCAGCGUGGACGUGGGCCCCGGUGGGUCGACGGUGCACACCAGGCCGGAAUCCGCCCCCGGGGGUGGCAAGGAGACACACCGCAUUCAGCCGAGUGGAGUCGUGCUGGACGCCCCCAGGCCACAGCCGCACCACCACGCUCACCCGGAGUCUCCUCUGAUCCACCCACCACCGCCGCCUCCGCCCCCACCGCCUGCACCGUCGUCGCAGCCGUCUCCCUUGAGGAGGCCACCCGUCACUCUGUACCGUCCCUCCACUGGGACGGGCGGCUCUGUGGCAGGUGGCAGGCCACACCAGUACAGGUUUCCAGCACCAGUACAUCCACUGCGACCGUCAGACUUCAUGACGCCACCCCCACCACCUCCUCACCUGCCGUCACGACCACCGGCGCCGCCUCCGACCCCUGGAGGUGUGCACCACGUGCACCAGCACCACCAUCACCACCAGCAAGGCGGGCCACUAGUCAUUCCACUCAGGCCCGAGGCUGGACUGCCCCCGCCUCCCGGGCACGACCAUUUCCUCCACGAACACGAUCACGACCACGACCUCCAUAUCCACGGCAACGACCACGAACUUCACGUUCACGGCCUCGAGCCGGAGCACGACCAUACGACGAGGCUGCAACCGGUGAGAACUGGUGGCAGUGGCAUCGUCGUCCGACCCGGCCCCGGGCCCGUCGACGUGUUUGUCAAGCCUGACGGUGAGCUCGUAGCAGCCAAGGACGACCUAGGUGUUGCCGGUUCCUCCAGACCGCUGCCACGGCCACCGUCACUUUCGCCGAAGCCCUCGAGAAGGCCACCGACGACCAACCUUUUUGCCAUCUGGCCGGGCAACAGGUACAACAGCAGCCGGCCACAGCAGGGAACCUGGCCUCCACCCCCACAGCAGGGAGCCAGGCCUCCACCCCCACAGCAGGGAUCCAGGCCUCCGCCCCCACAGCAGGGAUCCAGGCCUCCGCCCCCACAGCAGGGAGCGUGGCCUCCGCCCCCACAGCAGGGAGCGUGGCCUCCGCCCCCACAGCAGGGAGCCAGGCCUCCACCCCCACAGCAGGGAUCCAGGCUUCCGCCCCCACAGCUGGGGGCCAGGCCUCGACCCGGAGACGGUCUGCCUCAGCAGCCGCCGCUGCAGCACGGCUUCCACGAGGUGCACCUGGUGCCCGGCAUCAGAGACACACCAACAGUUCCAGGUUCCCUGAGUGGCCAUCCCAAACCACCUCUGGACUUCCACGGCCAGCCCCACCAGCAGCGGCCACCGCCCGUGACGGAUGCUGACAACAACAUCAUUGUCGGACACGUGCCACACUUCAACGAGCUGCACAGCCCCGUGCCUCCGGAGGACUUGCGGCCACACAUAGUCACCGUGGGUGAGCCUGCAAACGAGGUGGACGAGCCUUCGGGAACCGUGCAUCACCGUGAGCACCAUCAUCACCACACAGCUGGUGAGGUCUCCAGCACAGACAGUGGGCCGAAUGUCAGUGUCCGUCCAGACGGACGGCCUCCACAGGGUGGAAUACAUUUCCCCGGUGCUGCUGACCACUUCGAUGUGGGAGAGGAUGCUGCACUGGACGAGAAAAGCGAUCCAGACAGCACUGGAGCAGCGUCUGGCACCGAUGGGAGCCCAGAUCCACCAGCAGACGGCUCAGAUGGAGACGAAGUUGAACCGGACGGCAAUCUGCAUGGUGGAACCCAGACUGAACGGCCACUGGUGAUAGUGUCGCCAGAUAACGAACCCGGUUACCGUGACGAUAGCCACACUGGCACUGAGACACUGGAAUCGGACCACCGGGACGAGAAACCGUCUCGAAAUGAGAUACCUGUACUGGGAGUCAGAGAAGAGAGGCCUUCACAUCCACACGUAGGAAGCUCUGGCUGGCAGAUUGUCGGUUCCCAGGAAAAUCAUCCCAAUGUUCACCACGGGACUGGCAGUGACGGUCCCGAUGGUGAGGUUGUGGUGCCCAGUGUCGGUCCACCGUACCAGGCAGCCGGAUAUCGCCCUCCGGGUUGGCACACCGGAGGAUCGGGCCACCUGGUAGUAUCUUCCGGCGACGAGAGUGGUCCGGGCCGGGACCACCCGCCCGGAGACGAGUCGGACAUCCACUACGGGCGACCUCACAUCUCUUCCGGCGGGACACUGGAGGGUGCGAGACCACACUGGCCCGGUGACACCCUGAGGCCACCGGCUGAGACUCCUGUCGUCGGCAACCGGCAGCCGCCGGGCUUCGAGGGCACCGGAGAGGGAGACUUCGUACAGGAGGUGCCUCCGUUCAAGGCUAUGGGUGAGGACGUGUCUUCCGUGGUGGACUCGGUACUGAAACCGCCGUCGCUGAACCUGCCGCCGGCGACCGCAGUCCGCCCCACGCAGCCGCCACCUCCUCCGCCCCCGCCACCCCCGAGGGUGACGGUGCUCACAGACCACCAGCACAACAACAAACCCCACCGGCCACCUGUCAUCGUUCUGGGCCGACCGGCCGAGUUCCCGGGCGAUGUCGUCACCCGUCGGCCGACACAGAGGCCGGGAGCAACAGAGGAGGGCAGACCCAGACCCAGUCUGCUGGGAGAUGGGCAGCUGCCGGUGGACAUGACGGAGGUGGACAAGCCACCCCCGCCACCUCACCCAGCCGGCUCGGACCUGGAGGCAGCAGCGAGCACCGCACGGCCCUUCAAGCUGAGACCGGCAGACGACUCGGUGGUGGGGCUGGCUCCGCCCCCACCCAGGGUGACCGUGGUGGGUGCUGGGGGCAGACCGCCCCCACAAGAAGGGGAUUCCACACACCGACCAGUCCUCAUCGGAGGUGGCAGGAAGCCACCCCUACAGACACUGCCACCCCCACCGUCCGAGUUCGAGCGUCCGCCACCACCGGCACCGACCACCCCCAGGCGCCCACCCUUCGUGGUGACACCUCCCACCCCUGCCUACAGCCCUGCCCCCACAACCAAACCAAAGCCUUCAAGUACCUCCUCCAGCGAUGAUGCUGACGACAAACUGGAAGAUGAGGAUCAGGAGCUGGCAGAGACAUCCUCCGGCAAUAAACCACCUCCACCUCCACUAUCACCGCUCUCACCCUCAGUGACGUUGGGAGGGACUCCAGAGGUGGUGGAUGUGACGUACAGACCACCCGUCUACACCACACAGCGACCGAGGCCAGUCCGGCCUCUGGAUACCACCAGGAGGCCGCCAGACGGGGUCAAUCCCAGUCGUGUGGAGGCGGACAUGCUGGAGACGGUGAGCGUGGGCCGGCCAGUGUCACAGCCGCUGCCACCCCUGCCGCCCCUGCCUCCGCCUCCUGAGGCGUCGCCACCUCCAGUGGCCCCAACUCCUGUCAGGGAACCAGUCUCCACCAAGGUGAAGACGCCUCCACCAUCUGCGGCUGUGGCAACACCGCCCACGACGCUGGACCGCACGUGGACGACAAUGGCGGUGGACCUGGAGGGGUCGCAGACGCACCUCCCGGACCGACGCCGGCCUGCCGCGACACCUGCCGUCAUCCCCUCCUCCACAGACUCCUCAGUCACAACGAGCACCAGCAAAGUUGCUUCUGUGGUGGUGACAUCGGGCUCCAAGACGGUGUUGUUCGUCAAGCCGACAGCUGCCCGGCUGCCGACGACACCGCAGACGACUAAAGCAACUCCGACACCGCGACCCGUGCCGAGACCGAGACCCAGACCCAGACCCAGACCUACAACUGGGACUGGAGGGCUGUUUGACGACUUCGAUGACAUCGCCGAUGAGGAUGACGAGGAGGAAGUGGAGACGGGCGAGACCGGUGGGUCACGUGGCAAAGUGGACCUGGGCGUGGCCAGCUCCAACCAGGAGAAGGUCGUGCUCGGCUCAUCACCCGCGUCUACCCUCUUUGUCACCCACACGCACACACUCACGGUGACAACUACGGAGACACAGGUGGUGAGCACGGCAGGACGGCCGCCAGUGACGCGCACCGUCGUGCUCACCAAGACGCAGACGUCGACUGUCGUGGACACGGUCACCGAGACCCAGACGCUGCUCCGGCCGACCAGCGUCUUCGCCACCGUCACCACCACGGUGAGUGCUACGCAGCCCUUCCCAGUGGGAGUGUCCAGCACCAGUGCCGUCUCCACGGUGACGACACCAGUGACCACCGCGGGCUCACCGCCCCCACCACUGGCGGGGGCCGGGGACAGGCCCGGGGAUCGCACGGAGGGCACGGGAGACACCUUCUUCGUGGUGGUGACCGAUCCGCACCACAAGCUGCCUCCUCCCAGUGGAGCCCCACUGCCACCUGGCAUCAUUGAGUAUGAGGUGGACAAGGAGGACGAGCAGGGCUCGCGGCAGGAUGCAGACGGUGCGAGCGGCAACGUGCUGCUAACGGCUGGUGUGGGCGGUGGCAGCACUUCGACGUCCUCGUCUUGCCGGCCCGAGUGCAGUGCGGCACGCAACGAGGUGUGCCAGAGGGCUGCAGAUGGCCGCCCACGCUGCCUCUGCCGGCCCGGGUUCGCCAGGAUCUUCCCGGACCGACCCUGCAAGCCAACAUAUACUUACACGCUGCGGCUGGUGCUGGCCCGGCGCGGUGACCGUCCGCUCACCUUCUCGCCCGGCCUGGGAGACACGGGCAGCGACACCUUUGCCGAAACAUCUCGUGCCGCCGCUGAGGGUCUCGACCGGCUGGUCAUGCAGUCCGACCUGCGUGACGUCUUCCACGGUGUCUCCGUGGAAGCCUUCCUGCCACCCGACGAGAGUGCAGGCGCUGGCAUCAUCGUCACCUUCCAAGUCAGGCUGUCAGACAAUACUGACGAGGAGCGACUGAAGGAGGUGUUCCGCAAGUCGCUAAGGGCCACCAACUACAGCCUGGGAGGCACCGACGUCUAUGCUGACAAGGAGCGCAUACAGCACAUUGAGGCAGAAGAUUUCGACGAGUGCACGAGCCGGCAGUACCACGACUGCUCGGAGAAUGCACACUGCUUCAACCUGCGGGGCACGUACACGUGCAGCUGCCGUGAGGGCUUUGCCGACCUCUCCGAGAACCCGCUGUUCCCGGGCAGGCUCUGUUCAGCUGAGCUGAUCGGUUGUGAGCGGUGUCACUUCCACGGCACGUGCCACGCACGUGGGGACGACCAGGUGCAGUGCGAAUGCUUCCAGUGGUACGCUGGGGACACUUGCCACAUCAACCUCAAGGCGCUGCUCAUCGCACUGGUGACAAUCGGCUGCGUGCUGGUGGCACUGCUGCUGGUGUGCGUCCUGAUGACCUGCGCACGUGGGAGCAGUGGGGGCGGACGCGGCUGCGGUCGGGCCCGCCGCGAGGGACCUCUGGAGCGUCGCGCCAUGAUCCACGACUCGGCCAGCGAGGCCAGUGGGGACCAGACGCUGCCCAGGAGCCAGACCCCAGCAGCGGUGUUCGGCAAGAAGGUGCGUCCGGCACCGGCACCGAUGGCGACGGUGGUGGCAGUAGUGCCCCCGCCCCCUGCCGGCUUCGCUCCGGUGCCCACACCUGUACCACCCCCGCUGCAGCCGCCACCACCCCCGGAGCAGCGUGACCGUUCGCUGACGGUAAUGAUUCCUCGGGCGAAGUACCGUCCGUCACCCAUGGUGCCACCCCACCAACCACUGCCCACUCUGGUCUCCAUGUCGACAUUCGGUGACGCAGAGAAACGUGCCAUCGCACACGAGAGCAAGCUGCUCGCGUUGCUAGAGGGCGCCUCCAAGCAGGAUGGUCAGCAACAUCACCAUCAUCAGCAGCAGCAUCAUCAGCAUCAACAUCAACACCAGCAGCAGACGUCAAAACAAAAGCCUAGCAACACAUCAAGCCAAGCGACGGAGUCAUCCACUCCGAGGAAGAAUUCAUCUCCGAGGAAACCCUCAACUGGAAACAUUCCACCUCCAGCGCCCGGAGCCCUCGUGUCAGCAGGCUUUGAGGUAUCGGCAACAGUCGGCAAGCCUCAGCCGGAUUCCGACACGGAGGCGUCGGCAGUCGUCCACAAUGGCUCCACACUGAGGACGACAGACAGUGUACAAAUCACCGUCGAAGAGAUGUCGGAGCCGUCGGUAAAAGCAGGGUCUGCUGUGGAAACGCUGACCGUGUCUGAAGCUCGAUCCUGUGACGAGACGACGAUACAUCCACCGACGAAGUCACUCCACAGCAAUUACAGCUCAAAACACUCGUCGAACAACCUCAACAAUGAUGAGGGGCACACAAUGGCAGAGAGGGACAUCGGCUCUACUUUUGUGAUGCCACAGUCGCACUUGUACACACCGGACAGGGGAAGUGACAUUUCAAAUUUUGACUCACUGUGAGAGAAGCCUUCAGUGCAACUGCAGAAGGUUGUUACAUCACUUGCACUGCGAGGCUUUCGAGAGUGAAGAUCCGACACUUCCAAACGGAGCCAUUGUGUGUCGACUUGAAACGAAGGAAAUUGUGAAAAGAAUGUGACUGUUACAGGCUGCAUUUCAGGGACAUAAUAAGUGUGUUAUCGUAUUUAAUAUAGUGAAGGACUGAAUACUGUUAUGUUAACUUGGAGUAACUAAAUGUAUAUCCAUAAUUUGAACAACAUUAUGUUCAAGCUCUCUGUGUGCCCACUGAAGGAGCAGUUUUAUGUAGACAUUUAUUUUAAAUACGUUGUACUGUGCCAUAGUCACAGUAGAUUUCGUAAGACUAAAGUGUCAUCAUGCUUUCAGGACUUCCUUUAAUCUGCCACUGCAUGUUCUUGGGGUAGUUUGCCGCCUGCUAAGAAACAAGAUAGCUUCUUAGAUUCCUGAGGUCAUUUUUAUCAAAUAUAGAACACUGCUAGCAUCUACAUAAAAGCCAUAUCAAAAUACACAACAGCAGAAAAACUGGUGAUAGAAUUAUUUUGUGACUGCUGUGCAUAUGACUUAUUUUUUUUAAGGCUCUACACCCAAGGAAUUAAAUGACAACAACGUAACUGUGCAUCACUUGUCUAAUGGGAUGAUUAUAAACUGUCAGAUAUGUUGUGCUCAUCAAAUGUAACUUAGACACUACCAUCUUCAGUGUUUGUAACACACACAAGAUGAACGUAUCUUAAAAAUUUCACUUAAGAAGUGUGUUGCUUCUCAUUUAUGGUUGUGACGUUUAUUUUUACUAUUAUAGUUGACUAUCAGAUUAUGAAAGAGAAGCCUUGUUUCCUGAAUGUAAGGUCUUGAACUGUCACCACAAUAGCAGUACAUAACUUAAUUAUCUUACCCUAUAGCAGUUCUCAGUAUGAUGACAUAUUAGUACGUGCCACAUACUAUUCAUUAUUUCCUUCAAAACAGAGGUGAACACAUGCUUGUAAAUAACUAUAUUAGAUGUUUUAAAUAAUUUAUAUAUUUGUAUAUUUCAAUACAGCUUUUGUUAAAUAAAAGCAGAGCAGCUUCCUGUGUAAAUAUCUUGCUGUUCAUUGUUUUGGGGAGAGUUUGAAAAUGUUGUUUAACUGAUGGAGAAACCUGAAUACUCAUCCUUUUUGUUUUUUGAAUGAAAAAUGCAGAGUUAUGUUUGUGAGUAUGUUGAGUGCCAAAUGAGUGAUGUGUGGGUUCCCUAAUUGUUUAUACCUGAAGAAUGAAACACUGCAAUAAUUUUGGAAAAAGAAAGUUGUCAUUAAUGUUUUUAUAAUUAAAAACUAUUUUUUAGUGUUUCAUUCAGAGUGCUGUAAACUUCUAAAAGAGUGAGAUAAAUCAGUGUCUUUUUUAUUAUAAAUACAAAAAUAAACUAACUGUAUGUUACAUA